UUACCGGACACCUACGCGGAAGUAAACAGCUGUAGCUUUAUGUAAAAUAUGCUCUAGUUCUGUUUUUCACUUUUGUUUUAUUACAUUGAUAAAAAUGGACAGGUUUGUUUGGACAAAUGGGCUACUUGAGAUGAACGAAACGUUAGUAAUUCAGCAAAGAGGAGUGAGACUUUACGAUGGGGAGGACAAGGCUAAACUUGAUGUGGGAGUCGUUCUUCUCAGUACCCAUCGCCUUCUCUGGAGGGACCAGAAGAAUAAUGAAUGCUGUAUAUGCAUACCCUUGUCUCAGGUCAUAUUCUUUGAGGAGCAAGCAGCAGGCAUCGGAAAGAGUGCCAAGAUUGUUGUUCACCUGCAUCCUGUCCCGGAAAAUAAGGAGCCAGGCCCCUACCAGCAGAGCAAGUACUCUUAUAUAAAGCUGUCCUUCAAGGAACAUGGGCAGAUUGAGUUUUACAGACGUCUAACUGAAGAGAUGACUCAGAAACGAUGGGAGAAUACACCGGUCUCACAGCCCAUCCCCACAGGAGUAGGACCCAAGUUGAGGCAUAUAAUCUGUCUCUUGCAAAUUUCUUCUCAGCUUCUCUCUCCAGAGGACUUAGUCAAUGCCUGCAAGAUGUUUGAAUCACUGAAACUUCCUCUACGGUUGCGAGUAUUUGAUAGCGGCGUGAUGGUGGUUCAGCUCCAGUCCCACAGUGAAGAGGAAAUGAUUGCCUCAGCUCUAGAUAACGUGUCUGAUAAAGGCUCCCUCACAGCCGAAGAGUUUGCCAAGCUGUUGGGACUGUCAGUUCUGCUUGCUAAAGAAAGAUUGUUAUUAGCUGAAAAAAUGGGUCACUUGUGCCGAGACGAUUCAGUAGAAGGUCUGCGUUUUUAUCCCAACCUGUUCUGACGCAUGAGGGCAGUUAUAUGUUAUCGAACCCAGCUGGCUCUUAGCUUCUGUUGGCCCCGGAUCCCUCUCAGAACGGAUAACUGAUUAGCUCUCACUCUGGACAUAAGUGGGCACCUACUUUCCACUGUAUUUGUCAAUAGGGUCUUUCAUAAAUGUGGGUUAAGGUACUUGCGUACAUUACCGCAUCUGUUUUUUUUCUGUGUCUAACAUGCUUAGUCGUUUUCACAGCCUUUAAUGAAAUGGCGAUGACAGAAAUGAUCAUGAGGAUGCAGAGGACAGUUUCAUGUUUAAAUCAGUUAUGUUGAUAUUGUGACUCCAGCACAUGUUCAAUGCAUAAAAAGAUGUGUGCAUUACAUAUGCAUCAAACUGCUGUGUAAACACAUGAGUAAGAAUGUAAGGAACAUUUUUUAUUAAAACUCAGGAAAAAAAAAAA